AUGUCGUCUAACGAGAAGGCGACGGUGACUAAGGAGCAGAAUGACCGCCAUAGAAAGAUUCUGGACGGUCUUUUGAAGCUUCCCGAAAACCGAGAAUGUGCUGACUGUGGCUGCAAAGGGCCUCGCUGGGCGAGCGUCAACCUAGGAGUUUUCCUGUGCAUCCAGUGUUCCGGCAUUCAUCGUAGCCUGGGAGUGCACAUCUCGAAGGUUCGAUCAGCUACGCUUGACACAUGGCUGCCGGAGCAAGUGGAAUUCAUGCAGUCUAUGGGCAAUGCCAAGGCCAACGCUUAUUGGGAAGCGGAGCUGCCACCACAUUUCCGCCGCCCAGCAGAGGUUGACAAGGGAGCCUUGGAGGGUUUCAUCCGUGCCAAGUACGAGCAGAGGCGCUGGGUCCGGCUGAACGACGAGGAACGUGCUCGCAUGCGGCAGAGCGCACGGGACGAGGAUCGCAGCAGGGAACGCGACCGGGACCGGGGGGAACGGCCCCGCCGGUACCACGAUUCGGAUUACGACAGGGACUGGAGCCACGGCGCCCAUGCCACUUACAACCGCGGUGGUAGCGGCAGCGGUGGCGGUGGUGGGGGUGGGGGUGGGGGUAGCAGAGUAGGCUCGUACGAUUCAUAUGACAACAAGUAUGAUCGUUACGGCGGGUCUGGUGACAGGGACAGGGGCGGAGGUGGUAGGUACGAUUCUCAUGGAGGGUAUGAUAGGGAUCCACGGGGUGGCGGCGGCGGUGGCGGGGGGUAUGAUCGUGAUCCGCGUGGUGGGUACGACAGGGACCGUGGGGGAGGGCAAAACUCCCGAGACAGGGACUAUGGGCGUAACCGGAAUGAACCGGAGCCUCGCUCGCGUCCGGAAAGCAAGGCACCUAGCACCACACCUGUCAAGGUGACCAUGUCAAGCGGUCAGCCAGCAGCAGGAGCAGCAGCAACUCCUGUUCGCCCCCUGCCUGGCCCUGGCUUCACUCAACUCCCCCCUGUGCAAGCUCCUGCUGCUCCUGCUGCUGCGCCUGCUCCAGCGGCUGCAGCUGCAGCCCCUGCUGCCGCUGCUGCAUCGCAGCCUGCUCAGACUGCCGAUCUCUUUGAUCUUCUCUCGAUCAGUGAACCGGCUGCUGCGGCUCCUGGUGCAACCGCUGCAGCACCUGCAGCUGCUGCUCCUGCGGCCACUCAACAAGCAGCUCCUGCUGCAGCAGGAGCGUGGGCAGCUUUCCCUGAGGCUGCUGCUGCUGCUGCUCCAGCUGCCAGCGCCCCUGCUCAAGCCACCACAGCAGCAAAUCCCCUUGCCGACUUGUUUGCUGCAGAGCCGGCAGCUGCUCCAUCUGCUGCACCUGCUGCACCUGCUGCUGCUGCUGCUGCAACAGCACCCAAGAACGUCAAGUCUGAUAUCCUGAGCCUCUUUGAGCAGGCACCUGCCAGCAGUCCAUUCCUGGCACAGCAGCAGAUGGCAGCUGCUAUGUUCGCCCAGCAGCAGUACAUGGCUGCAGCCGCUGCAGCUGCUGCUGGUACCAAUGCUGCACCUGCUGCAGGGGGUGCAGCAGUCAACAUGUCUGCAGGGGGAAUACCUGGUCUUGCUGCUGUCCCUGGUGCUGUUCCAGGCGCUGCUGUUGGUGGAGCACCUGCAGCCGGGGGCUUCGCUGGCUUGGCCGGGGUGAUGCCUGCUGCUGUAGCUUCUCAACCAGCGGCUCCAGCUCCUGACACUGGUGCAAGCUACGACUUCUCGUCCCUCACUGCAACAGCGCUCCGGAAGUCUAAGAGCGGGGGGGAUACGGAUCUGGACCCUAGUCGCGCGCUUCCGUUGCCCAUGACGUAUCCAGACUCGAAGCCGCUUUCGCUAGAGACUGUGGAAGACAUGGUUCGCUGCGACCCCGAAACCCAGAAUUGCAAAGAGGUGGUGUUCCAGUGGACGGGCAAAUGCAGUCGGUGCAAUGGAGCAGGUUUUGUUACAUUUCGAAGAAAGAAGGGGAAGGACUUUUCGGGGAAGUGCAUCACUUGCCAUGGAAUAGGAUAUGUGAACAGAUUCACUGUGAGGGAUGACAUCCGUGUCAUGGAAGACCCUGACUAUCCGUGGAACGAUGAACGCCUCUUUAUUCUCGCCGAUAACGGUGAGGUGAUUCUGGAGAAGCAGUGGGGCGGCAGGGCGGGCGACAGGCGCAUCUGCUCAUGGUUCUGGUCGGUACUUGUAGACGCUAGCACCGCUGCUGCUACUACCACUGCCGCUGCCUCUGCUGCUGCCGGCACCGCCAGUGCUGCUGGCAGUGCUGCUGCUUCUGCCGCUGCUGCUGCUGGUGCGGCUGGUGCUAGUGCUGCUGCUGGUGGCGCUGCUGCUGGUGGUGCUUGUGGGGUGGUGCUGCCACCGGUGCUGGUGGCACCGCAGUGCUAUGUGGUGCAGCAGCGGCAUGAGGACGUGUUUCUGCUGCUCAUCACCACACAGGAGAUGCCACCGCUCAUGGCUCUCGAUCUACUAUCGUCUCUCAUCUCUCUCCUCACCACGUAUCUCGGCCGGGUGUGCGACGACUCGUUAAAGGACCAUUUCGUUACAGUGUACGCUCUCCUGGACGAGGCGUUUAUAGGGGGGAUGCCUUUAACUUUAGAGCCUGCAAUUCUCAAGGAGCUAGUCCCACCGCCCUCACUGCUCACCAAGGUGGUAGACACGAUAACCGGGGGCGUGGGGGGAGCAUCAGCCACAGCCACGGCUGCCACAGCAGCAGCCAACAUGCCAGCCCAGCUAGGCCGCUUCUUUGGCGCUGCUGGCGCUGCUGUUGCCAACUCUGUUGCCCAGUCCUUCACUGGUCGGCCGGGGGGGGAAGGCAGCUGGGGGGGAGGCGGGGGAGGGGGCGGCGGGGGGGGGGGCGGAGGGGUCGGCGGAAGGGGAGGCGGAGGGGGGGCAGGUCCGUCUGGUAUGGGCGGUAUGGCCGGUGCUGGUGCAGCAGCUGCUGCUGCUGCUGCUGGUGCUGGUAGUGCUGGUGCCACGGGUGCUGCUUCCGGUGCUGCAUUGCCCUGGCGACCAUUGGGACUCAAGUACUUGCAGAACGAGCUGCAAAUAGAGCUACGGGAGCAGCUGGACGUCACUGUCGCACCAUCGGGAUUGGUGGAGCGGUGCGAUGUGUACGGAGAGGCGCACGCCACGUGUCGCAUGUCGGGGAUGCCAGAUGUCGCGCUGUCAUUCGUCGACGCGCGUGUGUUCUCAGACAUUGCCUUCCAUCCCAGUGUGCGCUACCGGGAGUGGGAUUCAGACCGUGUCGUGGCCCUCACCCCUCCUGAUGGAAACUUCAAGCUCCUCUCUUACAGGGUUCGCAGCAUACCAUGCGUACCUGUCUACAUAAAGCCGCAAGUAGCAUUCGUGCAGGACAGUGGGCGGGUGAACGUGAUGGUGGGGCUGAAGCACGACCCGGGCAAGCCUGUGGAAGGGCUCGUGCUGCUGCUGCCGCUGCCCAUGCAAGUCGCCUCCUGCGAUCUGCAGGCCAACGUGGGGACCGUGGCGUUUGACACUCUCACCAAGCUCUGCACAUGGUCUGUCGGUCGGAUGCCCCGAGACAAGAACCCGUGUCUCUCUGGCGGGCUCCGUCUCUCCUCGCCGCUCCCGCGCCCGCACGUGCACCCGGUGCUGCUGGCGCAGUUCAGGAUCAUGGGGGCGGCGCUGUCGGGGGUGCGGAUAGAAUCGGUGGUGGUGAGAGGGGAGGAGAACCGGCGCCCGCACACGGCGUUCCGAUCCGCCACCGUUGCCGGGUGCUUCCAGGUCAGGACUUGA